GUUAUGUCAAGCUUCUGUCUAUAUGUUCAUACCCUCCCUCUCCCAUCUUCCACAAUCCCCAUCCCCGUUUUGAACCCGAAACGCAUCUUCCAUCCACUCUUCUGUCGUCAGCCUCAGUGCUGAAGCAUGUACUCUCUACGGUUCUCCUUAAAUUUGGGCCGUUGCAUGUUCUUUCAGUUUAUCAGCAGACUUGCGGUGUUCAUUCCAUCCCUAUCUUAUACACACAGAUAAUUGUACACUCAAAGCCCUCGUUUCUCUCCCAUCUUUACAUUCAAGAUCAUUCACUCAUUCCUUUGUGGUAACUAAUGGUAUUUGGUUGCCAUUCUAAGAGUUCUGCAUCUUGCUAUCCUUGAUUUUGAACUGUAUUAUUGUUGGGUUACUUUAACAGGGAAAAGGUGCAAAUAGGCCCAUGUACUGACCAAAAAAGGUCAAAUAAGCCCUUAUUUAGGAAGUUCUGUCCGGCCGUCGUCAUUUGGGAUGGUUCCCGGUGUAAUUUUUUGAUGAAAUUUUUUUAGCAUCUUAUUCAUCAAGUCUAGUUUGCUCAUACCAAAUUUCAGCUAAAACUUCAAUCGGAAUCAGGCUCAACUGAAGAUCAAACUGAAUUCUUCAUCAUAAACAGCCAGAAAAUACCAAAACUCCUAGAAGGAGAACAUGUUUGGUCCCUUUCAGAGAGUGCAUUUUCAAUGGGAAAUGCAUUGAUGACCAACUUUGAAUCGGGAACCACUGAGGAGCCAAAUCCAGUCAAGUUCAAAAGGAGACCGGGAAUAAGUUCUAAUUGGCCACCUGCAGACUGGAAAACUGCACCUGGUUUUCCUACUACUGGUGCACCUAAAUAUAAACCAAUCAAGGACAUCAGUGGUUUGCACACGCUUAAGGAGGAUGAGGUGGCAGAAGUCAUGAGGCAUCUCGAAAAGCCAGUAGAUAUCAACUUUGAGGGAGUUAUUCAACACCAAGUGCACCUGGGGUGGUGGGUGUACAAGAUUCUGAAAUCCGGAUUUGUGAAAUGGGUUAAUGAAACAAUGGAGUCCGGAUUGCCUUAUGAUCUUGUAGUGGGAGAUAAAGAAUACAUAGAAGUGAAGUCAACCAAAUAUGUGAGAAAGGAUUGGUUCAGCAUAUCCAUUAGGGAGUGGCAAUUUGCAGUUAAGUUGAAAAGGGUGAACUAUAUAUACAGCAUUGCACAUGUUGUGUUAGCAGCUGAUAAUACUGCAACAGUCAGUCAGUCACUAUAUACAAAAACCCUGCCAGACUCAUCCAGCUUAAUUGGUAAGCUGCAAUUGGCCCUUACAAUCCAUUAAUCUCUUUUUCUUGGAUUUUCUUCCGAUUGCCUGACUUGUUUGGAUCCUUAAGUGGUUGGUUCUCAUCCAAAAAUACCAUCACUAAAGCAUAUGUUACAAAGGCGAAAGGGAUAUACGUACAUCUAUGAUAGAUUUUUUUAUACAAAACACUGAAAAGUUCAUCUGGACGUGCCUCAUCGUAUCAAGUUCAGGAACUGAGUGUAUAAUUUAUUUCAUAGUGACACUGAUAGUUUUUUUUUUUCAUUUUCUUCAUAGAAGGUUCUGUUCAUUGGUAUAAUGUAAUAAAUAGAACAUAUAUUUUUAAACUUGUUUUUCUUAUUUGUUACUCCGUAGAAGGCAGUUUUGUAGCACUGUGUAGUAUGUAUCAGUAUUAUGUCCAUAUAUAUCAUAAUUUUUAUGUCCAUUAUCUACAUCU